UCACUUUAACUCACCUUCUCCCAUCCUUCUCUCCCUCACACCCCCCCCCUCUCUUUCUCCACCGAGAGUCUGUGAGAAGACGAACGCAGCUUUGACAGUGAUCCUCCGGUGAAAUCCCAGUCAUUUUAACGGUUUCCAUUUCAGCUUAUACAUCACAGAUGGAUCGCCAUUAACUACUUUUCUUUUGUUUGGCGCCUUCUCCUCGGAGUAUUCCGUCUCCAGUUUUAGGGCUUUUUAAGCAAAUCUUAAUCUCCUCUGGAUUUGCUCCCUGUCACUGCUUCCACAUCACCGCACUAGAAUCUGUUUUGGAGUUUCCUCGCAGUCCACGCAAAUCUGCUUCAUUUUGGAGCUUUCGCUUCACUGAACUAAUCGAUUACAUUUUGGAGCUUUGUAUUUGGAAUUCUCCGAGGUUCUGGUCAACCCUUCCACUCGGGACUGGGGGACAAAAGAGGUGAAAAAAAAUGCUUCGAUCUGUUAUCUCCUUGCUCCUCUGCUUCUCGGCCAUGGUGCCGUUCCUGAAAUAUACGUCGGCUAUCGGUGACGUGAUAACAUGCUCUGGGACUGUACCGAUGAGAUAUCGGAGCGACAAAAUCUCCAUCACGGACUUCGGGGGUGUCGGAGAUGGGCGUACAUUGAACACGAAAGCGUUCAGGGCAGCGAUAUACCGGAUCCAACAUCUGAGGAGGAGAGGUGGUACGCUACUCUACAUCCCUCCAGGCGUUUAUCUUACCGAGAGCUUUAACCUUACCAGCCACAUGACUCUCUACUUGGCCAAGGAUGCCGUCAUAAGAGCUACUCAGGAUACAUGGAACUGGCCUGUGAUUGCUCCCUUGCCCUCAUAUGGGAGAGGGAGAGAACUACCUGGAGGGAGGUAUAUGAGUUUUAUCCAUGGGGAUGGAGUUCAUGAUGUGAUAAUCACAGGUGAAAACGGGACAAUUGAUGGCCAGGGUGAUGUAUGGUGGAACAUGUGGAGGCAGAGAUCCCUCCAGUACACAAGACCAAAUCUUGUUGAAUUUAUGAAUGCCAAAAACAUCAUAAUUUCCAAUGUGAUCUUCCGCAACUCUCCCUUUUGGAAUAUUCACCCUGUUUAUUGCAGUGGUGUUGUUAUCCGAUACGUUACCAUUUUGGCUCCUUUUGACUCACCCAACACAGAUGGAAUUGAUCCAGAUUCGAGCUCCAAUGUUUGCAUAGAGGAUUCAUACAUUGCUACAGGAGAUGAUUUGGUGGCAGUGAAAAGUGGGUGGGACGAAUAUGGCAUCGCCUAUGGCCGUCCGAGCUCUGGCAUCACCAUUCGACGGGUUACAGGUUCAUCCCCUUUUUCUGGAAUUGCAAUUGGAAGUGAAACCUCUGGCGGGGUGGAGGAUGUCUUGGCAGAGAACAUCAAUCUGUAUAACAUGGGUAUUGGUAUCCAUCUGAAGACAAAUAUUGGCAGGGGAGGGUUCAUAAGAAAUAUUACAGUGUCAGAUGUGUACAUGGAGAAUGCACAAAAGGGGAUAAGGAUAGCAGGGGAUGUUGGAGACCACCCAGAUGACAAAUUCAAUCCAAAUGCUCUCCCUGUUGUCAAUGGUGUCAUGAUCAAGAAUGUGUGGGGUGUGAAGGUUCAGCAGUCCGGGUCAAUACAGGGCCUGAAGAACUCACCGUUUACACAGAUUUGUCUCUCCAACAUCAACCUUCGUGGUGCAGUGGCGCCAGGAAGUACUCCAUGGAAGUGCUCUGAUGUUAGUGGGGCGGCUGUUCAGGUAAGCCCUUGGCCAUGCUCAGAACUAAUCGGCACCGGUAGGACUGCUUCCUGUUCAAGUUACUUUUGAGAUGUUUAUGAUAUUAAUGUCAGCACGGGUAUCAGUUUAAGACAUUUAUCCAUUAAACUGCAAAUGUAUAAUCCAUCUAGUAAUGAUAGACGAUUCUUUUUUUUUUUUUCCA